UAUUCCGACCUCCCCCCCCGUUCAAAAUGUCGUCGACCUCGAGCAACAACUGGUUAUUCACUCUCAAGAUCGUGCUGAUCUCCACCGGCGUCGUCUCCAUGGCCGUCGCACUGAAGCUCUCGGCCCCGGUCGCCGCGGACAUCCUUUCGUCGCCAGUACCUUCUCUAUGGAGCUCUCUCCUCCCCUGGCUCCGACCUCCCUACCUCUACAUCCUCAUCAACUGCAUCAUCAUCAGCAUCGUCGCCUCCUCCAAGCUCCACGCUCCCAAAUCCCAAGACCACCACGCCUCCGAUCUCACUAUCCCGCCGCCACCGCAUGCGGCCGUUCCUCCGGUAAAACUCUCCGCCGUAGAAGCAAGGCCGGACUACGCGGCCUACAACGGCGUCGUUUUGAGCGAUUACGGCUACGAUUCCAAUGUGUUGUCGUCCAAUGUUUCCGAUUCGUACGGAGGAGCAGUGUCGGCGGAGGCCGUGGAGGUUUUGGAGCCGGAGGAGGAGAAGAGCGUGGUUCUGGCGGAGGUUAACGGCUAUGAUGACGUCAUCCCCUCGGCCACCACAGCCAGGCCUGGACGCGGUGGUUUGCAGAGGAAAAACUCGAUGGAGUUUUGGCUGAAUGAGAAUAAGAAGCCGCCGGUUUCCGCUAGAUUCGGUCACAGAAAAUCCGUGAAAGCUAGCCCUGAAGGAGGGAAGUCGUUGGGAGUGUCGAAGUCGAAGAGGCACGACACACUGGAGAGCACGUGGAAGACGAUAACGGACGGCCGCUCGGUACCGUUAACGAGGCACUUGAAGAAGUCCGACACGUGGGAUAAGCAUAUGGACCAGAAUACCCCUCCUCCUCCUCCUGCGAUUUCCAACAACAACAGGACGAUGCACAAGUCGGAGACGUUCCACGAGCGGAGCGCCACGACGGCGACGGGUUCCCCGGUGAGAAGUAGCGGACAGUCGGCGGGGCGGCUGAGGAAGGAGCCGUCGCUGAGUCAGGACGAGUUGAACCGGCGGGUGGAGGCGUUUAUAAACAAGGUUAACGAGGAGAUGAGGCUGCAGAGGCAGGAGUCGUUGAACCAGUACCAGGAUAUGAUCGGGCGUGAGGCCCAGGCGGCGCCGUUAGCUCGUUAGGGUUUCAGGGUGUUGGGCUAUUUUGGUCAAUUUACUAGUUUUCCGACCCCAAAGAAGUAAGUUGGGGGGUGAAACGAGAAGGAAGAUAUAUGUUCAUAGUAAAAUCGGGGUAACGGGGUUUGCUUCGUGUUGGCAAUGUCCAUUGUUUUUUUCCCUCUUGUUUGUUCAAGAGGGGAUGAAGCUAUAAACUAGUUUAGGAACUACAUUAUGCUUGAGAAUGUACAAGUUUUAUAAUCAAAGUGAGAAAUGUUACUCACUAGCUAGUUAUGCUCGUA